AGCCAUGACAACCGUAGAUACUCACCUGCGACUCCAAUAUUUGGUCAAUAUGUACAACAAACAAUCUGAAUAAACACGAAAACACAUAACGAUGAACCAAGACGCUAAGAAAAUCGCGAAUAGCCUCUACGGAAGAGUAAACGCGCCGCCUGUCGAAAGAUGUCGAGUUAACUUUUGCACGGACUUAGAAAAGUCAGUUUUGAUGAGCAACUUCGAGAGGCGCGCAUGGAACCAAGUUGGACCCGACGAUGAAUGGAAUUUCUACUGGGCCUCUACGCAGACGUGCCGGAACUUGUUCAGCGUUGAGAGCGGAUACCGGAUGAAUGACAACCAAAUAAUAAAUCACUUUCCAAACCACUACGAACUGUCGCGGAAAGACUUGCUCGUGAAAAAUAUAAAGCGAUACAGAAAAGAGCUCGAAAGGGAAGGCAAUCCUUUGGCUGAGAAAGCCGAGGUCGCCUUACACGGAGGUCAAGUGGUAACGCGGUACGUUCAUCUAGACUUCGUACCUGUUACGUUUGUGUUGCCCGCAGACUACAACAUGUUUGUCGAGGAAUAUCGUAAAUCACCGCAAAGCACCUGGAUCAUGAAGCCGUGUGGAAAAUCUCAGGGAACGGGAAUUUUUCUCAUAAACAAGCUAUCUAAAUUGAAGAAAUGGUCGCGUGAAGCUAAAACGCCGUUCCACCCACAAUUAAGUAAGGAAAGUUACGUUAUUUCGCGUUACAUAGACAAUCCCUUACUAAUAGGGGGCAAAAAGUUUGACCUGAGACUUUACGUGUUGGUUACUUCUUUCCGACCUCUGAAGGCUUAUCUUUUCCAACUCGGCUUUUGUAGGUUUUGUACGGUGAAGUACGACACCAGUGUUACGGAGUUAGAUAAUAUGUACGUACAUCUUACUAACGUCAGUGUGCAGAAGCAUGGCGGCGAUUAUAAUAACAUACAUGGAGGGAAGAUGACGGUGCAGAAUCUGCGCUUGUAUUUAGAAGGAACGCAAGGCAGAGCGGUCACCGAGAAAUUGUUUGCAGCGAUGCAAUGGUUGAUAGUGCAUUCUUUGAAGGCUGUUUCCUCUGUGAUGGCGAAUGAUAGACAUUGUUUUGAGUGUUAUGGCUACGACAUAAUAAUUGAUAAUCAGUUGAAGCCGUGGUUAGUUGAAGUGAAUGCGUCGCCUUCGUUAACAUCAACGACUGUUAAUGACAGAAUAUUGAAAUACAAGUUGAUAGAUAACAUAUUAUCCGUAGUAUUGCCUCCUGAUGGUGUACCGGACGUAAGAUGGAAUAAAAUACCAAAUGCCGAAGCUCUUGGUAAUUUUGACCUACUGAUUGAUGAAGAGUUGUUAGAGAAAGAAGAAUCAUCGUCGCAUGGUCGUUCAGUGAAAACAAAGUACAAGUGAAUGCGAAAAUAGUGUGUCAGUGUAUUACAAUAAAACUCAAUUUACUUUGCAGAUACCUGUUUUGUAGAUACCAAAGGUUUUAUGAAACAGUUAUAUACUAAAUAUAUGGAGUUGCUUGGUGCCCAUAAAAGUGGAAUAUUGUAGAAAAUUGCCAACAGUGAGAACGGUGUAAAACGGUAUCAGUACAAGGUGUCAAUUGGUGAAUUGAAUUUAAAGAUCGCACUUAUAGUAAAAUGUUCAGAAAGUAUCCUGCAGGGAAUUUUAAAAUGAAAGUAAAUGUCUGUAUCCAUUUUGUAUGAGAGUGGUAGAACCUGCAUUUUAUAUCCAUACUAUUCAAUUACUUCUUUCCAAUAUUUUAUCUAGUCCAUACAAUUUUGUUGUACAAAAUAAAUGUAGAACAUUUUAUGUAUUUUAAAGGAAUCAGUAGUUACAUAACCUUACGUUAAACAAAAAUCUAUUUUACGCAACACCAACACGAGUGUAGCAAGAAAAUUGAAUUAAAAAACUAUUUUAAAAACCCCAUCACAUGUUGCGACCUCGUAAAAGAGUAAAAUUAGAGAGUAACAUCAAGGAAGCCGUGCAUACGUUGUUAUUAGCAUUUUAAAGUUCUGUGGUGGAAAAAUAACACCACCGGGCCAUUCUAUAUGCUAAAUAGUGAAGAACUUCCGACCAGUUAAUGUUGUUCAAGUUUAUAUCUAUGGCGACCGCUACAACUUCGCUUUGUUGCUAACUUUAUAAUAUGGCGCCGAGCGCGCACUUUCCAAAUUCAAAAAGUUCUUUUUUUUAAUUACAUGGCCUGUGUUAAGACUUUACAUGUGGUUUUGGCAGAAUGUAUAAGACGAUUAAAAAAAGUUUGUUUUGUUUUUCCAGCCAGUACUAUUUAGGUUGCGUUAUGGCUGUUAAAUAUGAUAUUUUUUUUUAAGAAAAGUCACAAAUGUGUUUGGCUGAUGAUUAAUUAUUUGAUAAACAAUACUAAAUUAAAAUAAAGUGUUAAUUCGGAAGAAAAGUAUUGAAGUUUGGCAUCUUAUUUAUUACAUAAUCAUCGAUAGUUUGUUAAACAUGUUCCUAAUCCUAUGAGAAAAAGAUAUAACACCAAGAACCUUAUUAAUUUAGCUGUGAGAAUACUUAUAUAAAGUAUUCUCACAACUAAAUUAAUAAGGUAAUCAAGUAUGAAAUUACAGUGACAUAAUAGAGCUAUUGUUAGUUUAUGUGCAUACUAGACACGAAGCUAUACACAACCAGUUUAUCAAGACCUCUGUUUGCAUGAUCUUUCCAUACGGUCAACGGUCAGUUUAUACUGGUUUGUAUAACUUGAUGUGAGCUCGUGUGCUAGCUGCCUAUUGGCGGAUAUUAUUUCGAAUUGACUGGUGAAUUAUGCCUGCGUUUGUACGUAAUGAUGCGCGUUCAUGAGCUACAAUGGUCAUAUCGUGUGUAAUAGGGCUAUUUUGAGGUCUCCUAUGAUUGGACUUAGAUUAGUUAGGCUUGUUGUAGAAAGAUAAAUUGUGUAUUAUUGUUAGUUUUUUGUUAAAGUGGUUUUGUUCUUAAUAUGUUUUAGAAUAAGGUGUUUAAAUUAUUGUUCUACUAAAUUAUAUUGUCGUUUUGUAUUUGUUCUUUAUUUUAUACUGACAUUAGAACUAUAUUCGAAUU